AAGAGAAAGACCGAAAUGACAGAGGGAUCGGGAGAGAGAGGCUGGCUGCUUUCUCAAAAGGAGCAGAGAUCUCUAGGCUUUUCUCGCAAUCAGCUGCAAUUCAGAUCCCGUUCCAGGUGAAGUUUCCGUGUUCUCCGGAGUCUAAAUCCAGGAUUUAAAAUCUCUUUCAUACUUCAAUCCAUCCCCGGAAUCAUGCAGCCUUGAGUCGUUCGUUCACGAUGAUGGCUGUACGUUACCAUCGUUGUACGUGCCAUUUGCGCUACAGUAACGCCACCCCCUCCAACGUUGAUAACGGACACGGUGGCGGACACAACAGCCUCAGUUGGAAGGACAAUGGGGCCCUGGAGAAAGAGGAUCCGGGCGAUGGGACGGCGGGCGGAGGGGGCAAUGGGAGCGGGAGCGGCAGUGGCGACGAGAUUAAACCCCAACCGUGGUAUUUUCACGUGGUGGCCAGUGUGAUUCUAGUGGUGCACGGGUUCACGUUCUUGGUGCCGCAGAGCUCCGAGGGCGAGGACACGGACAUGGUGCGCACCAUUGCGCGAUGGCUGGGCUACGACAUGGAGUGGGUCAAGCAAUUCACGCCUUAUGCCCAGGGUUUGGCCUCCGUGUUCAAUAUCUCGUUGGGGAUCGUGAGUUGGUGGACAAGCAAGGAGUCGGAACGCUACAACCGCCUCAUUCAGCUCCGCGUGUUUGCUUUCUGUCUGAACAUCCUCCACGCCUACAUCACCGGACCCAUCAUUUAUCAGAACGAUGACCUGCCCCUCAUGGCUCCAGGUCGAAUCAUCGGCUUAUUCCGUCUGAGUUACUUGACGCCCGGUCUGAUGGCCGCGGGCGUGACCGAGGUCAUUGUCGAGAAAGAGCAAGAGACCACCACGGCCGCCACCCACGCCAUCACCAAUGCCGGCGGCGCCAAGAAGGAGAUCCAAUCCGACAUCCGGUCCAACGGAUCCUCCCACAAACGAUCCGAGAACAACAAUCAAGGGUCCUCGAAACGCGACAAGAAGUAAGACGGAAGUAAGACGGAAGGAAG